CAUUUUUUAUUCCAGCACGAUUUUUCUUAUUGAGAGUACUCAGGUAUUGCAUAAGUCAAAUCGGAGAGUCAUGAGCGGGCUUUUUGUUAUUUUUGCAUUGGCUCUAGUAAGCUCCCAUGGAGCUUCUAUCCCAAAGACUCAGGAGCAAGUUGUGGAAGAAUUUUUGUACGAGGUUGAUAAGCUCGGCGAUACUGGGAACUAUACUAUGGAGUUCCUUGUCGAAUCUAAUGGAUACCCAGUGGAAGUACACAAAGUAACUACUUCAGAUGGUUAUAUUCUUACGAUGUAUAGAAUACCAAAAAGCCCUUAUACAGGCAAGAGUAACGGCAAAGUGGCUUUUCUGCAGCAUGGUAUCCUCUCUUCUUCCGCUGAUUGGUGCGUUUUGGGAGCAGGAAAAGCCCUCGCUUUUAAGCUUUCAGACCAGGGUUAUGACAUAUGGUUAGGAAACGCGAGGGGUAACAUCUGGAGUCGUGAACAUACUUCCCUUACCACCAAAGAUUCAGAGUACUGGGCGUUUUCUUGGCAUCAAAUCGGUGCGAUUGACUUACCCGCUAUGAUCGAUUAUGUUUUGGAACAAACUGGAGUUGAAAAGGUUUACUAUGUGGGACACUCCCAAGGAACGACUGUCUACUAUGUAAUGACUUCAAUGUAUCCAGAAUAUAAUGAUAAAAUUGUUGUUGGCGCUAGUUUGGCACCAAUUGGCUUUGUUAAACAUAUGACUAGCCCCUUAUUUCAGCUCAUGGCCUUUUGGAGUGGUACAUUAGAUAGUCUCUUUUCCAUAAUUGGCUUAAACGAAUUCGCACCCACCAACGACUUUUUCCGCAACAUCGUGGGCGAUGUCAUGUGUAAAGAAGAUUCAGUAACUCAACUGUUGUGUACCAACGCCUUGUUUGCCAUUUGUGGCUUUAGUAGGAAUCAAAUGAACACAACUCUUCUUCCCUUAUUGACACAUUAUAGUCCUGGUGGAGCUUCCGUUAAACAAUUUGUACAUUUUGGACAAGAAAUUCGCUCGGGUUACUUUCGUCAGUACGACCUUGGCACAUCUGGUAAUAGGAAGCAGUAUGGUAGCAGAUCACCGCCAAGCUACGACUUAACAAAAAUUACCGCUCCAACUUUCCUGUUCUACAGUAAAAACGAUUGGUUAUCUGCGGAAAAGGAUGUUAAUAAUCUUUGUACGGGCAUGGGCAGUAGCUGCAAAGGAAAGGUUUUAAUGAGCGAUUUCGCAUUUAACCACAUAGAUUACUUGUUUGGCAUAGAUGCACCUGCUUUAGUUUAUAAUAAGGUUAUAAGUGUAUUUGCGAGAUAUUAAAUAUUCAAUUUUU